ACCUUAAUACGUACAUUCCCACUAAUUCGUCCAACCGCGCAGAACAACUUGAACAUUGAAAGUCAUUAAUUAUUCUAUCAACACUGAGUCUAUCAGAAUACUCUUACCUUAGGUAACUACUUCUGUAGAUACCUAGGUUAGUAGGUAUUUUAAUACAUAAUUUUUAGUACAUGUAUUAGCAAUUCCACCGCAGUGCGUCCGCUCAUUACGACGUUUCCACCUCGACAUGCGUUAAAAAUGUAUUGCAAACAUUAUGACGGUCGUCACGCUUUCUUCACAUAGCGCCUAUUCUUCCAGCUACCACAUGAACGAUCACACAACCACCGCAAAUUCCUCAUCUAAUAAUCUUUCACCUCCUCUAAUGGCCAAUACCAGCUCAUUGCUAUCGCGCGAUCAUCUGCAACCCACAACGAAUGGUACCUCUGCUGCUAUGCCUUCACGAAUAGGCACGAGCGGGCCAACCUACGCCCCACGAACUCCCGAAUUCCCAAACGGCCGUCCACGUACAGCUACGGAAGAGAGAGACCAAGUAGAGCUUGAUCGACGCCCGCUGACUGCCCCCGGGAACAAGCACAAUCUUGCACCCGCAAACUCCAGUGAUGAUAAUGAUCAUGACCGAUCUAGGAGCGUAGUUUCUACCAAACCCCCGCUACUAAGGUCAAAGAGCGAACAUAUCGUAAGACGCGAAGACACGGACCAGACAGACGAAGAGAUCUGCGAAUGGGGUGCCCGCCAUGGGUUUGAAGACCACUACCAGUCUGAGGAUAUCAUUUCUCAACUAGCUAAUAAUUGGUACAUGUACUUCACAGAUAAACGACACGAAACAACCGGACAGCCAGAGUCACCAAACUACGCGAUCGAGGACUGGCGCAUGAGAGAUCGGUUAAAAACGGUUUCAGCUGCUUUGGCUGUUUGCCUUAACAUCGGCGUUGAGCCCCCUGAUCAACUGAAAACAAACCCAGGAGCUAAGCUCGAGGCGUGGCAGGACCCUUUCGUACCUCCCGCAGCAAAGGCUCUCGAGACGAUAGGAAAGUCUCUUCAAGCGCAGUAUGAAAACAUCUCUUUACGGACGAGAUACAAACAGUAUUUAGAUCCGUCAGUGGAAGAAACCAAGAGAUUCUGUCAGUCGCUGAGAAGGAAUGCGAAAGACGAGCGCGUUUUACUCCAUUACAACGGUCACGGUGUUCCAAAGCCAACAGCAUCUGGGGAGAUAUGGGUCUUUAACAAGACCUUCACCCAGUACAUCCCCAUCUCCUUGUAUGACCUCCAGCAUUGGCUUCAAGCACCAACCAUCUUUGUCUGGGAUUGCUCCGAGGCUGGGAAUAUCUUGAAUAACUACCAUCGCUUUGUAGAAAAACAUGAGGAGGAAGAGGAAGCAGCAUCAGCGGCGGGCCCGAAUUAUGAGAAGACAAAAUAUCGCUCAUACCUUCACCUUGCGGCCUGUGCCGUUAAAGAGAACCUCCCUACCAACCCACGCCUCCCAGCUGACCUCUUCACGGCAUGUCUAACAACGCCGAUAGAGAUGGCCUUGUGGUUCUUCGUUUUGCAGAAUCCUCUUAAGACGAGUAUUACGCCCGAGCGAGCCAAGAAGCUUCCUGGGCGAUUGCAGGAACGACGAACACCACUCGGAGAAUUGAACUGGAUAUUUACGGCAAUCACUGAUACCAUUGCGUGGACAUCCCUACCGCGGCAGUUAUUUCGAAAAUUCUUCAGACAAGACCUUAUGGUUGCCGCACUAUUUCGCAACUUCAUCCUAGCUCAGAGAAUUAUGACAGUCUAUGGAUGUCAUCCUCAAUCCUACCCAGAAUUACCAGAUACCCAUCAACAUCCUCUUUGGGAAAGCUGGGAUCUAGCCGUAGACUUAGCAUUGGCGCAGCUGCCUAUGUUGGAGCGAAAGGAGAAUGAGGGGAUUGAGUACGAAUACCAAAGUUCUUUGUUCUUUGCUGAUCAGUUAACGGCCUUCGAAAUAUAUCUUGAACGAGGCGACGCUAUGCAGCAGAAGCCCCCCGAGCAGCUCCCGGUUGUACUUCAGGUGUUACUAAGUCAGCAGCACCGAGUACGUGCUCUCAUAUUGCUGGGUAAAUUCCUUGAUCUAGGACCCUGGGCGGUCCAUUUGGCUUUGAGCAUCGGUAUCUUCCCAUAUGUGCUAAAGCUUCUCCAAUCCGCCGCCGCCGAGUUGAAGCCUGUUAUGGUCUUCAUUUGGACCCGAGUUCUCGCUGUGGAUGUGUCAUGCCAGCCUGACUUAAUCAAGGACAGUGGUUAUAAUUACUUCGCCUCUAUAUUGAACCCAUCUGAGGUGCUUGCUGUCGCCAAUAGCGAUGAACAUAAGGCAAUGUGUGCCUUUGUGCUAGCUAUGCUAUGCAAGGGUUAUCGACCGGGUCAGGCUGUAUGCAAUCAGUCUAGCAUCAUGUCAUAUUGUUUAGCUCAUCUUAAGAAUGAGGAAAAUGUAUUGCUACGGCAGUGGGCUUGUCUGUGUAUCAGCCAGCUCUGGCAAGAUCUACCGGAGGCAAAGUGGAGAGGUAUUAGGGAGAACGCGCCUAUGAAACUAUCGAGCCUUACCAAAGACCAGGCUUGCGAGGUGCGAGCCGCAGUUAUUCACGCCAUGACGACCUUCCUUGGAAUACCAGAUCUUACAGAUGAGGUAGCUAGGAUUGAAGAGUCUAUAGCCUGGACACUAUUGGAUACCGUCAACGAUGGCAGUCCGUUAGUUCGCAAAGAGCUGCUUGUCUUCAUUUCUCAUUUCGUGCUCCGUUAUGAGAAUAAAUUCAUUGUCGCUGCUUGUGAGCAGCUCGCAGAAGAGAAGGAGUAUCUAUUUUUCCCUCCUAAAGAUGAUGGCUUAGAGCACAAGAUGGGCUUGCACUAUGCGCGCCCCGAAAAUCGCAAUUCGGACGGGACGAUCAAGCAAGCAGCUCAGGGACUGUCCUCCAACACGGUAUUUGCGGCAUGUUGGAAGCACAUCCUGAUACUGAACGUAGACCCCCACCCAGAGGUCCAACGAGACGCAACGAUCAUCGUUGAUUAUGUUCACAGCGCACUCCUGUCAUCGCCUGCGGGCUCUCAUGCCCAAAACUUGAUGGACGAGAUUCAAAGGCGCGCGCGCCGACCCCGUGGCCACCGAAAGCAAGCUUCUAGCUCUCGGAAUGGCACAGCAGGGGUUCCGGUGUCCGAUAUAACAUCCCCCGAGCCUUCUCCCAGUCUAUUAAAGAGAACGGCGAGUCUACUAUUCCAGCUUCCAACCAUGUGGAGCGGCGAAGAUAAAUCGGGCAAUUCCACGCCGGUACCUACUCCGGGACUCACAAGAAGUUCCUCCCAACGGCAUUGGCCUCCCGCCGAUUGGGCUACACCAGCCGAGAAAUCCGACCAGCUCAACAUUACAGCAAGCUACCAUGUUACCGAAGAGCCAGUAUCAGGAAAAUACAAAGAUAGGCGCACCGAUGAGAAGCCUUCUUUACCGCUGCCUAGUACGUUCUUAGAUUGGUCAAUUGAAUAUUUUCGCGAGCCACAGAUGCAUCCCAGCGAAGCCGAGGAACCUGGAAGUACCGAGUACAAUGAACGUCUAUGGAGAAGGUCGCGAAACGAGAACAUACUGCGUGAGACCCAGCCGCAGAAAUCCUAUGCCGGUAGCCAUAAGUGGAACAACCAGCUCUGCAUCAUGAAUAAUGGUGCUCAGCCAGCCAAGAUGACAUUCCAUCAAUAUGAAGACCACCUUGCAGUUGCUGACGAGGGAAACACGGUCUAUGUCUGGGAUUGGAAGAAACAAACGAGGCUGAAUCGUUUCUCGAAUGGCAACCCAGAGGGAUCUAAAAUCAGUGACAUGACGUUUAUAAAUGAGGAUGAUACAGCUUUCUUGAUGACAGGCUCAUCCGACGGAGUUCUUCGAGUCUACCGGAAUUAUGACUCUACCAAGAAAACCGAGCUGGCAUCUGCAUGGAGAGCGUUGACUCAUAUGGUUCCCAGUAAUGUCAAUUCGGGAAUGGUUUUUGACUGGCAGCAAGUAACAGGGAACGUGCUUGUGGCAGGCGAUGUGAGAGUCAUCCGAGUCUGGGCUGCCGCCUAUGAAACUUGUAUAAUGGACAUACCCGCACGAUCAGGUUCCUGCGUCACGUCCUUGACAUCAGACCAGAUGACUGGCAACAUCUUCGUGGCCGGCUUUGGGGACGGCGCUGUCAGAGUGUUUGACACUAGGCUCCGACCUCAAGAAUCGAUGGUCAAGAAAUGGAAAGAUGAUUCCGACAGACAGUGGAUUAAAAACGUCCACAUGCAACGUGGAGGCCAGCGUGAAUUGCUAUCUGCAAGUCGAAAUGGGAAAGUGAAGCUCUGGGAUAUCCGGAUGGACUCGCCACUUCGAAUUAUCCGAGCAACUCGAGAUACCCUACGAACCGCUAGUACCCAUGAGCACCUCCCCGUCUUCUCUGUAGGGACUUCUGCCCAUACUGUCAAAGUAUUCAACUUUGAUGGUCAUGAGUUAUCCCGCAUGGAACCGUAUUCCAGCUUCCUGCAACAAAACCGCGGCGCACCUAUCUCUGCUACAGCCUUCCAUCCCCAUCGCAUGAUUCUAGGCUGCGCAGCGCGUGGGGAUCAUCAUAUCAACCUGUUUACCUGCGCCAGCGAGAAGCCCGAGGCGUUUCUCAACUCGUUAUAAUAUGAACUUACUUUCCCCAUCAUCCACCCCCAUUUCAUAAAACCCAUCUUCCAUGGGAAAAUACACUCUUAUUAAUACUACCUUUGAAUGAGCACUUAAAUGAUGACGUCUUUUUCCUAUUUUACGACUAGAGAGUGCGCGCUCAUACAAAUACAACAACGACGAUGUGGGAAUAGGUAGAUGACAGGAUUGCAUGGUAAGGCAAACAAGGCGUAAGACAAAGGUUAGGUUUUUAUGCUCGGGCGGCAUCGGGUGGGCUGGUGGAUUCUUCGUUUGGUUCUCUUGUCUUUUAUUAACGCCGUAUUAGGAAAGUAUAGGAGGGGAUGGCAAAGGGCAGAGGGAAUCAAUCAAAUCCAUUUAAGAGGGAGGAACCAUCCAUGACAGCUAUUUGCCUGAUAUAGUACUAAUAAUAUUCAUUUGGGAUGACUUGAAAGAAGGCUAUAGGUAUAUAUGUCGCUGUUCAGUUGGCCCAAGUACUUUUUGUUUCGGUUUG